CUAGAUCUAAAAACCUACUGUUCCGCCAUAUAUCGGAAUCUGCACCUCGUGGGUGCAUGGAAGUUAUCUUUUAUUAUUCUUUCUUAUUUAUUGAUAUUGUGUAGGAAAAGAUCUUCACGAUGCCGUCGAAGAAUCCACUACCCCCUAAAGAAAAUGCAUUCUUUAAACGUAUACUGAAAUGCUAUGAACAGAAGCAUUACAAAAGUGGCUUAAAGUUUGCCAAGCAAAUUUUGUCCAAUCCAAAGUUUGCAGAACAUGGAGAAACCUUGGCAAUGAAGGGCCUAACAUUAAAUUGUUUAGGCAGAAAAGAGGAAGCCUAUGAUUUUGUUCGAAGAGGACUUCGCAAUGAUUUGACUAGUCAUGUCUGCUGGCAUGUUUAUGGCCUGCUGCAGCGAUCUGACAGGAAAUAUGAUGAGGCCAUUAAAUGCUACCGCAAUGCUCUCAAAUGGGACAAGGACAAUCUCCAGAUUCUUAGAGAUUUGUCAUUGCUUCAAAUUCAAAUGAGAGAUUUAGAAGGUUAUAGAGAAACUAGGUAUCAGCUACUUGCUUUAAGGCCAGGCCAACGAGCCUCCUGGAUAGGAUAUGCAAUGGCCUAUCACUUGUUAAAAGAUUAUGACAUGUGUCUCAAGAUACUUGAAGAAUUCAGAAAGACCCAAACACCUAAACCUGUUUAUGACUAUGAACACAGUGAGUUACUGUUGUACCAAAAUAUGGUAAUGCAGGAAGCUGGCAUGAAUCAAGAAGCUAUUGAGCAUUUAAAAACUUUUGAUAAACAGAUUGUUGACAGGCUAUAUGUUCAGGAAACUACUGCACAUCUGUACAUGUUUCUGGGUCAGCCAGAAAAGGCUGCAGAGAUUUACAGGGAACUUCUUAGUAGAAAUCCUGAAAACUGGAAUUAUUAUAAAGGUUACGAAAAAGCACUUUUUCUGGAGGAUAAACCAGAUGAACGCAUGAAAAUGUACAGAAGUAUUAUGGAACAAUUUCCUCGUGCUACAAUGCCAAAACGUUUGCCAUUAGACUUUGCUACAGAUGAUGUAUUUAGGGAUUUAAUAGAUGAUUAUCUGAAAAAGUCACUGAGAAAAGGAGUCCCGCCAUCUUUUGUGUCUAUUAAAUCAGUUUACAAAGAUCCAGUAAAGGUAAAAGUUAUAGAAGAUUUGGUGCUUUCAUAUGUGGACAACUUAAUCAAAACUGGAAAAUUUGAUAGCAAAGGAGAAGUUGAGCCAGCCACAUCUCUGCUUUGGGCCUAUUACUAUUUGGCCCAGCAUUUUGAUUACUUGAAAAAUAUUGAGAAAGCAUUGGAAUAUGUCAAUUUAGGUAUAGAACAUACUCCACUUCUCAUUGAGCUAUAUGUUCUCAAAGCUAAAAUUUACAAGCAUGCAGGUGAUAUGGAUGAAGCAGUUAGACUCAUGGACGAGGCUCAAUCAUUAGACACAGCAGAUCGCUACAUCAACUGUAAAUGUGCUAAAUAUAUGCUUCGUGCUAACCUCAUACAAGAAGCAGCUGAAAUGUGCUCUAAAUUUACUAGGGAGGGUGUCUCAGCUGUGGAGAAUUUGAAUGAAAUGCAGUGUAUGUGGUUCCAAACAGAGUGUUCUUUUGCUUAUAAAAGAUUAGGCAAAUGGGGUGAAGCUCUGAAAAAAUGUCAUGAAAUAGACAGGCAUUUCACAGAAAUUAUAGAAGACCAGUUUGAUUUUCACACAUACUGCAUGAGAAAAAUGACUCUGCGUUCUUAUGUUGGGUUGUUAAGAUUAGAAGACUCUCUGCGCAGCCAUCCAUUUUAUUCAAGAAUAGCCAUUUUAGCAUUAGAGAUCUACUUACAUUUAUAUGAUCAUCCAUUAACAGAUACUGACCAUGACAGUGAUGUCAAUUCAGAAAAUUUGUCCCCAAGUGAAUUGAAAAAGAUGAAACGUAAACAGAGGAAAGCUCAAAAGAAAGCUGAACUAGAAAAAGAAAAGCUAAAAGCAGAACAAGAAAAGAGGGAUCAAAACAAGAACAAAGCUGCAGAUGGUGAAAUGGAUGGUCCAAAAGAAGAGGAAUUAGUACCAGACAAAUUAGCAAGGACGGAAGAUCCAUUAGAACAAGCAAUCCAUUUUCUCAAACCACUUCAAAUGCUUACACCUAAGUGCAUAGUAACACAUGUUAUGGCCUAUGAGAUUUACUCCAGAAAAGGAAAACUACUGCUGAUGCUUCAGUCCAUAAAAAGAGGUGUUCUAGCUGACCGUAACAAUCCACAGUUUCACAUCUGCCUCAUUCACUUUCUUCAAUAUGUGAAAGAUAAAGGUGAAAUUAGUGAACCCGCAAAAUCUGUGAUAAACUUAGAAAUGAAAAAUAUCUAUCAGGGCAAAACAGCUCUUCAGUUGAAUGAAGAGUUUUUAGCUGCAAACUCUGAUUCUUUAGAGCAUAGAUUAGCAGGUGCUCGUAUGAUGUACAAACUAGACAGAUCACGACAAGAAGAAGCCAUGUCCUUAGCCACCUCUUUAGAUUCUAAACUUAAAGGUCUUACUAUACAGAAUUGUAUAGAAGUCUUGGAGGCACUGUGUCGUGGAGACUUAGGAAAGUGUGAACAAGAGGCUCUGGAAUAUCAGGCACGUUGUCACAAGAUUUUUCCCCAUGCUACAGCCUUCAUUAUUCCAACUCCAGCUCCUGCUAACUGUGGUAGUGUAGAGUGUACAUCAACAGAACAAAUUUUAGUGAAUGGAUCUGCUUUAAAAAAUGAAUCGUGAUGAUCUCCAUCAAAACUUAGUUUAUCAUGGAAGUCUAGAAGUUUUAAUAGAAGCACCUGACUAGUUGUUACCAUAUUUUAAUUUCUAGUUCUGACAGUUUAUUCAUGUGAAGAACAAAAAACAAAGCUUCUGUCAUGUCACAUUAAUUUUUUAAGAUCAUUUGUUGGAGGCUUUAGUUGUACACACAAAGUAUUACAUUUUAAUAAACAAAUCAGUCCAGCUCACUUCUUUUAAGACUAUGAAUACUUAGAUACAACUCAAUGUUAAGACUUAGAUAUAAAUCAGUGUUAGCUCAUACUUUUUCUCUGCUUAGAAAAAUUGCUAUUGUUAUCAAAUAAGUAAUAUUCAUUUUUCUGGGAAAAGAAAAUUUUAGUUUAAAUUACGCUGGCUUAAAAGUCAAGAUUUUUGCUUCUAUAGCCAAUAUUUUACAAUCAUAAAAUUCUUUUAAUGAGUGUUUAUAUCUAGACAUCUGUGAAGUUGUGUUCAUUGUAUUAGCAAAGUUAUUUGUUUUCAAUGCCAACUCUAAUUUGUUUGAAGUGAAAUUUUAGGGUCACACAUAUCAGUAGACUUUUUUUAAAAUUCACAGCAGAAAAAUAUAAAGGAGACCUAUUUACUUUAGAAUGCCUGAGUUAACAUUUGUGUGUGUGUGUGUCAUUUUCCUUUCAGUCAGGGUGCAUUUUUUUAUGUGAUAAAUCUUCAAUUUUUUUUUUAUGAUAAUUAGUAUUUUUUCUUGAAAAUUUUGAGUGAAUGUAAAGUUUGCAUAAUUUUGUGUUUAUUUUUUAAAAGUUGAUUCCAGGUGUUCUAUUUUGGUUGUCAGUAAAAUGAAAUCUUGAUAAUUGUGUGAAACAGACCUGGUAAGUUUUGUUUGUAUGUUAGUUCUGUCUCCUAGUAUUAUGUGGGAUUUUAAACAUUAGUGUUUUUGUUUUUGCUGUUCCUACAUUUUCCAUUGUUUGGAGAAUGUAAUUAAAAGUAUUUAUUUUAACAUUUGGUUGACAUAUAGUAUGAUUGUUUUUUUGUUUUUUUUUAUAUUCACUCAAAAUAACUUGUUUAAGCCAAAUAAAUAUCACUGAAUGUUGUGAGCAUAGAAUGUGUGUGUGUGCAUAUGUUUUGAUGAUCCAUACAUUCAGACCUAUAUUUGUAAUAUAGUGUAAAUUAUCACAUUUUGUUAAUUGAUACAUAAAAAAAGUGUUUUAUAAACUUGCUUGGUUUGUACAGUUAUUGCUUUCAACCUGUGUCAGGUCGUGUGUAAGAUGUUUUUGAGAUUUGAAAUCUUGAAUGUCAUGGACUGAACUAUUAAACUUUUAUACAUAUAUAUAUAAAUCAAGGCCUUAAGAUAAAAUAGUGUCAUUACUAGUAGAAAUAUUUUAACUGGUAUGAGCUUUUUCUUAGGUAUUGGUUUAAAGUUCCAUUUUAAUGAGCUCUAAUGUUAGUGCCAUAAUCAACAAUCAAAAAAUAUAUAGAAAACUUUUGUAAAUUGUAUGCUGAAAUACUGCAUCUGAAAAGUAAAUACAAUGCAAUCAAAAUCAUGGCUUCAGACAAUGCUCUACAUAAGUAAAUCAGAUGAACGCCUUGUGUGCAUGUAGUUGUAUGAUGAUAAUUGACAUGUACUUGUUCAUUUUAAUGAAACCCAUUUCUCUGACUAUGCUAAAUCUAGCAGAAUGCUAGUACUUGAGUCUUUCAUCAAUUGAAUAUAUGAUGACAGAAUUGCAAAAGCCUAAUUUUUAUUAAAAACUGAAAUCAUGGAUGUACUAACACAUGUUACACCAUUAACGUAUUAAAUACCAAACUGCUUAAUUUCUUAGUUUCCAUUACAACUGGAAUAUCACACUUACUGAAAAUGUCUCAGAACACAAGAUUGUGUGUUAAGUAUUUUUUUUUUUGUUUACUUAUAUAAAAUUGCUUUGUGUUUUGUAAAGCUUCUUAUUAAGAGGAUCAAAUGGUUUCAUGACGUAUCCAAAAUGUCCCUAGCAUAAUGUAGGAAACUUCCAGUUGGAAUAUGAUAAAAACUUGUAUGUGUGUGUGUGAUGUAGCUACUACUGUGAAUUCCUUCCUUAACUUGCAAAUAUGCUGCUGUGGACAGUAAUGGAAUGUGAAGUGAGUUAUUUUGAAAAUAUGCAAGUAUUUUUAAUUUAUUCAAGUACAGAUGUUGACUGGCAUUGUAAAGUACAUUUUGUAUUUUAAUUGCCUUUUUCAUCAAUUCACACCAUCUUUUUUUUUUAUGAUUUAUUAAAAGAAAAAACAA